CCUUUCAUGAUCUCACGUUGUUUCUCUCUUUCUUCCUGCAGAUUCUCCCACGUCAAUUUCGAUUGCCUCCAUGGCGGGGAAGGCGACGAUCCUCGAGCGAUUCGUUACUCUCUCUCCACGUCGAUAACGCGGCGGUCCGUUUCGAGCUUCUCGGCUCAGGCGCGAUGAAGGCGGCGCCUGGCGAACCGAAGCUCCGGGCGGCGUUGCUGUUCCUCCUCCUCGCGUCGGCGGCCUGGCGUUCCCGCGGGGAGUCGUCGACGUGCCUGAUGGUGUACAAGGAGGGCGGGGCGCCGGCCGUCUUCCAGUCCCCGAAAUGCCCCCGCUGGAAGCUCCCGAGCCACCACGGUUCCUCACGCCCGCGCGCCGCCGCCGCCGCCGCCGCCCCCCCUGCCACGCGCUGCCAGGUGGCGAUGCUCCAGGGCCGCCGGAAAUAUCAGGAGGAUCGCGCCUUCUGCGCGCUCGAUGUCCGCAUUCCUUUCCCCGGUAAAUCAGGGCUGGAGGAGGUUUCUGUUGGAAUCAUAGCAGUCUUUGAUGGACAUAAUGGAGCAGAAGCUAGUGAGAUGGCUUCAAAGCUUUUAUUUGAAUACUUUCUUUUGCAUACUUAUUUUCUUUUGGAUUCAACAUUUUCCAUUGCAUUGAAGAAGUUUACUGGAAGAUUGGUAGAGAAGGGAGAGCCUGAGGUGGCUUUUCAAGUUCUUAAUUGGGCCGAAGGGUUAAGUCAGCAAGAGCCAGAUCUUUUCAGAUUUAAGGUCUUGUCACCAAUGGGCAUUAAUAAUUAUCCUUCUCACUUGGAUGUUUUGAAAGAAGCACUGUUGAGGGCAAUUCGGGAUAUUGAUGCAAAAUUUUCUAAGGAAGCAUCCAAAUCUAAUCUUGGCUCUGGAUCCACAGCCACAGUUGUUCUAACAGUAGAUGGCCAAUUUUUAGUUGCCAAUGUUGGGGACUCUAAGGCUUUUUUGUGCUCUGAAAAAUUUCAAUCCCCUGCAGAGGCUAGAGCUACUUUCUUGAGGUUAUACAAGCGGAAAAGACGUGAUGGGACUCCUUUAUCUUUAAAGGAAAGUUCAGACUUGAAGUUGAAUACUUUGUAUGGUCUGACCCAUCUUUCUGUUCAAGAAUUAACUCGUGACCAUCAUCCAGAUAGGGAUGAUGAAAGGUCUCGAGUAGAAGCUGCUGGUGGUCAUGUUCUCGUAGGGGGUGGUGUCGCUCGUGUAAAUGGCCAACUUGCUGUUUCACGAGCUAUUGGUGAUGUAAACUUUAAGAGUUCUGGUGUAAUAUCUGUACCUGAGGUUAUGGAUUGGCACUCUUUGACCUCCAACGACAGCUUUCUGGUAGCUGCAUCUGAUGGUGUGUUCGAAAAGCUGAGUCCACAGGAUGUUUGUGAUAUAUUGUGGGAAGCAAAAAGUGAUGGCACCGGAGGAUCGGAGAUUUCUUCUUCAUGUUCAUACUCGUUAGCUGAUUGUAUAGUGAAUACUGCCUUUGAGAAGGGCAGUAUGGAUAAUAUGGCUGCCAUUGUUUUCCCUCUGCAGUCUACUGAUUUAUCUCAAAACCUUCAAAGUAGAAGUCUUGUUGAAUGGCAACAUAUGCAUGCAACUCUGGGAGAGAAGUAUGUACAUGAGCAAUCAGAAAUGGGCAUGACAUCUGAGAUCAUUCACUUGGAGAAUGCUUAUCCAGUUAUGGCCAAAUUUGAAAGGCUAAUGAUUGAGGUAAAACAUGGAAGUUUCUGUUGUUUUUAUUUAGCUGAGCCUCUUAGUGAGAUUAUGGACUCUACAUCUCAAGUUAGGAAUGAUGACUGGAAGGACAGUGCAUAUGACCUUCCUCAAGCUCUACCUGAUGCCCUUAGUAAACACAGUGGUGGAAAGCUGAAUGCAUAUGGUGACCAGUGUUCAUGGUUGCAUUUUGGAAUGACUGUUAGUUCAGUGCAAGGUCAAUGUACAAAUCCCGAAAGCUUUGCUAGUUUCCUCGGUUUGCUUGAAUCAAUUUCAUUCCAUGAUACGCAUGCAUCAAACGAGCACACAGUACCCAACUCAAGGUAUGUCCUUGAGAAGAGGUUUGGGCGAGGAUCAUUCGGUGAAGUAUGGUUGGCUUUUCACUGGAAUUGUUGCAAAGAAAGCAAUUCCUUUGACUGGAGUCAGAAAUUGAAGAAUGUUUCCUCUGAUGCUACGAUGUCUGGGUCAUCUAGCAGACACUUAUGUAACAGCUCAUCAAGUCACAACUGCAGCUCUGCUGCAGAUAACUUGUUCAUUUUAAAGCGCAUAAUGGUAGAGAAAGGCCUUGCUGUAUACUUAAGUGGACUACGGGAGAAGUAUUUUGGCGAAGUCUUUCUCAAUGCAUCUAAGUCUCUUGAAGACAUUUCAAGUGGAGCAGAGGACAUUAUUUCCAAAGAAUCAAAGUCAAGAUUUUCUGGAAAGUCAGAAAUUAUUAAAUCAGCUGCUUAUAAGACACAGAAAUCAAGGGCCUUCGUUAGUAUUUCGCCAAACAGAUUUAGUCAGAGAAGGGACUUUUAUGAAGAGGGAUUGGAUCAUAUUGCUAGAUAUGUAGAGUCAUUUGAGUCACGCUCCAACGAUAUGUGGCUUGUGUUCCGUCACGAAGGUGUUUCCUUGUCAAAGCUUCUAUACACUGUCGAAGAAGUAGAAGAGAGAGGUGAUGAUGGGAUUGAAGGAAGAAAACAUGCUCAGGUAUUGCGUCCAUCAAAAUGGUGGCACUGGUUGAAAACUACAGAAGCGGGACAAAAGGAAAUGUGCAACCUUAUAUUGCAAUUGUUGUUGGCGCUCAAAGCCUGCCAUGACCGUAAUAUCACUCACAGGGAUAUUAAACCUGAGAACAUGGUGAUAUGCUUUGAGGAUAAGGAAACUGGGAGAUGUCUGAGAGGAACUCCAAAUGGAGACAAGAAUUAUAUCAGCAAAAUGCGCAUUAUUGACUUUGGGAGUGCAAUAAAUCAAUUCACUCUGAAGCAUCUGUAUGGAUUGGCUGGCCCUUCAAGAGCUGAACAAACUACAGAAUAUACUCCUCCUGAAGCCUUACUAAAUGAAACAUGGUAUCACGGACCAACCACCAUGAAGUACGAUAUGUGGAGUGUUGGUGUGGUCAUGUUAGAGUUGAUACUAGGGUCACCAGAUGUUUUUCAUAUAAGUGCUUUAACCCGUACUCUUUUGGAUCAACAUCUUGAGGGAUGGAGUGAAGGUUUAAAGCAGUUGGCAUAUAGACUUAGAUCGUUUAUGGAGAUGUGCAUCUUGAUCCCAGGUAGUUCCUUGAAACAUCAGUUUGGUGGUGCAAUGUACAAGAUGCAGAGUGGAGUUUCACCAGCUUCCUGGAAAUGUUCGGAAGAGUUUUUCUCACAUCAAAUAAAGAGCAGAGAUCCUCUUAAGAUUGGCUUUACAGAUGUUUGGGCUCUGCGAUUGGUCCGCCAUCUCUUACUGUGGGAUCCAGAUGACCGAUUCAGUGUUGAUGAAGCUCUGCAACAUCCUUACUUCAAGACUCUGCGCAGGACAUGAAUUAUGGUAAGAUCUACAUCUGAAAUAUGAACUUAUGGGCUCCUGUUAUGAGAGGGAUACGGUUUACCCUCAUGGUCUACUGAUUCGACAUGCAAGCAAUGUGCCGAACAUAAAAUAAAUCGGGAAAUAUGCGUAAUGAUGGGAAAUACCUUUGCAGCUGCAAAAGGAGAUUGUUAUAUGUUCAUUCCCUCGCGGAUGUCACGGUAAGGCGAGGCAAACAGUUUCCAGCAACUUCCGGCAUACGUCUGUAGACGUCCUCACUUUCUGCUUAUUUAAAUGCCCACGAUGUUCCUGAUACGGUGUGUCGCCGAUAUACAUCUUCUCCGUUCAAAUAUUGGCUUUCGCGGCAGUAGCCAACAGUAGCCAAUGAUGCAAGUCAUCAGUUAUAGCUUUCUAUAGAUUAUUAUUACACGAGCGUGUGCCUUUGUAUAUUUGGUCUUUCUUUUCUUUUCUUUUCUUUGGUGGAGCACCUCUGUGUAUAUUACGGUGUUGUAUAAAUGUACAAAGUUUCUAUUCCCUGCUC